AUGGAGAAAGAAAAGAAAAAAGGAGACAAAAAAGGAGAUAAGUCAACCUGUUCUCCCUCCUCUCUCUCUGAUUAUCCAGACUUUUCCAAGCAAGAUGGCAGUGCUAUUAGGCAAGAGCUGCCCUCAGCAGGUGCCAGCCUGCCUUUGGAAGUGCCAUCCACCCAACCAGUCCCCAAAAGAGAAUCGGAAAGUAUUCCUGAUACUGAAGAUGCCACUCAGUUCGAAGAGCCUGUUCUAACCAAGCUCAUAGUGGAAAGGUACAAAGGGAAGAAGAUCCGAGGGCUGUAUGAGGGAGAAGGCUUUGCCGAGUUUCAAGGUGGCGCCACCUACCGUGGAAUGUUUUCAGAAGGCCUCAUGCAUGGCCCAGGGACUUACAUUUGGGCCGAUGGAGUGAAGUAUGAGGGGGACUUUGUGAAAAACAUCCCAAUGAACCAUGGCACGUAUACGUGGCUGGAUGGCAGCACAUAUGAAGGCGAGGUGAUCAACGGCAUCAGGAAUGGAUUCGGCAUCUUCAAGUUCAGCAAGAAGCCUGUGUCCUACAUGGGCUACUGGUGUGACGGCAAGAAGCAUGGCAAGGGCACCGUUUAUUACAAUCAAGAGGGCACCUCAUGGUAUGAGGGAGACUGGGUAUACAAUGUGAAGAAGGGCUGGGGAAUCAGACGUUACAAAUCUGGAAACAUCUACGAAGGCCAAUGGGAUGACAACCUACGGCAUGGGGAGGGAAGGAUGCGAUGGCUGACCACCAACGAGGAGUACAUGGGCCACUGGGACAGGGGGGUGCAGAAUGGCUUUGGAAAAUACACAUGGUUUCAAAAGAGAAUCCCCAACUCCCAGUACACCAUGAGGAACGAGUACAUCGGGGAGUUCGUGGACGGGUGUCGCCAUGGACAGGGGAAGUUUUACUAUGCCAGUGGAGCCAUUUUUGAGGGCGAGUGGAUUUGUAAUAAGAAGCAUGGUGCGGGCAAACUGACUCUCAAGAAUGGCCAUGUGUUUGAAGGCUUGUUUUCCAAUGACCACAUCACGCAGCUUCCAGAUUUUGAUGCUGAAUUUGUACCUUACCUGGAGCCAUCCUCUAGCAAGGCCCCGGUCAGCAAGGUGUGGGGUGCCGCCUCUACCACAGGAAGCUGCAGGGAGGCUGGACACAUUUCUACAUCCGCCACCCGCCAGGACUGUCCCCGCAUGCUGGAGACGACCAAAAACCUGAUCGACAGAGACGGUCCUUCCAUAUUAGGAUCGGCCAUCGAGUUGGAGCUCUCUUGGUUAUUGAAUAUGUACCCUAAGGAGGUGCAGGCCGAAGAGAAGCUCCAGGUGGAAUGUGCCAUCUUAAGAAACAUUACGGAGUUAAGAAGAAUCUAUUACUUCUACAGCAGUCUGGGGUGUGACCACUCUCUGGAUAACAUCUUCCUGAUGACACAGCUCCGCUUCUGGAGAUUUCUAAAGGACUGCAAGUUCCAUCACCACAAUAUCACGAUUGCCGAGAUGGACAGGGUCUUAAGCACCAAUAACAGCAUCCCCGUAGAAGAGAUUCACUCUCCCUUCCGAACAAUUCUUCUGAGAAACUUUUUGAGUUACCUCCUGCAGCUGGCUUACCACAUUCACCACAAAGAAUACCAAAACAGAAGCCCAUUGCUGUCUCUGUGCUUUACCAAACUGAUGGCUGAGAACAUUCGCCCCAACGCCUGCCAGGUAAGAGGGAACUUAUUCAGUGAGCAACAGCGGACGCUCUACUCCAUGAAUUACAUGGAUAAGUGCUGGGAGAUUUACAUGGCUUACUGCAGGCCAAACAGAGCUCAGCCCUACGAGCUCACAAUGAAGAUGAGGUACUUCCUCUGGAUGCUAAAUGACUUCAGAAUGAUAAAUAAAGAACUAACAGCAACCAAGUUUAUGCUCGUAAUAGCUGAGGACAACCCCUUUGUACAUGAUGGAAUGGACAGCAACUUUGAGUUUGAGUUGGUUUUCCUGGAAUUCUUCGAAGCUCUCUUGUGCUUUGCGGUCAACUGUAUUCCUGACCAACUGACCGAGUCCUGUUUAAACCUGCCCUGCACUAAUUUGCUUGGAAACAAACACGUGAGCAUUUACACGAUAAUAAGCCAGACCCACAGGAGCACCAGCGCUGGCAGCCCCGAGUCCGACAUUGUUCAUUUGAGCAGCAAGUCCUCUUCAACCAAGUUGGGAGUCCUGCCUGAAGGCAAAAUCAAAAGAUCCGAGCACAGGAUCAAGAAGUCUUUGAGUGAAGAUAGAAGUUCCAAAAUGAAUCUUGAACCCACAGACAAGGGGCUGAUUUUAACGGCUCAGAAUCAGAAACACGAGAAAAGCCUGGAUGAACAGAAGGAGAAGGUGAACACAUGGGUCAGCAGGCUGUACAUGUUCUUCGUGAACAGGCUCUUCCAUGCCUUCAAGUGCGAGGAAGUCAUCAAGGAGAAGAUGAAGGAAAAGCAUCAACAAGACGCCAUACUUGCCCAGCAGAGGAAGGCGGAAGAGGAGGAGCUAGAAGCGAGGAUGAUCAUCUUAAGGACGGAGGAGAUAAAGAAAAAGGAGUCCCCAACUGAGAUCCCUGAGGAGAGGGAGCCUGCAGAUAUGCUGCCCAUACUCCCGCUGCUCACACUCGGCUCCCCCAAGGAAGACAGGGCUAUGUCCCAAGUCAGCAGGAUCGGCCGAAACAAAAAGAAGAAGAAGUAG